CACACACACACACACACAGCCAGAGCACCCCUCUCCCUCCUUCUCUCUUUCUCGUUCAGUUCCAGCCCUCCCAUCAGCAAUCGCUGGGAAUUUGAAUGAAGAGUGGUCCUCAGCUGCCUGCUCCUCCUCCUCCUCCUCCUCCUCCUCCUCCUCCUCCUGCUCGAUCUCUCGUUGGGAUGCAAACCCUGAACUUGGAGCAGCAUCGCUUGCAAAGGAGCAGCUUCGAGUUCUGAAUAGAUCUUAAGCCUGCUAUGUGCAGCUGUGCUUGGCUGGAUAUCUUAUUCCGGCCCCUGCAAGAGCAUUAGCAGCAGGAGGGAGGGAAGACGAAGAGCUUAGCAAUGAAUCCGUUGAAGCUCCGAUCCAUCAAAGCGCCAGAUCGACGAGUCACGGACCGUUCCUAAAUGUGAUUAAAUAUCCUUUUCUUCCAAAGCUCAGAGGGAACACGGAUUUACCUGACCCGGCUUCUUUGCAAUUUGGCUUUCAAAGCACAGCAUCUUGAGAUUUCAGCGACAGAUGGAUCCCUCUCUCCCUCCCUCCCUUUUUGCCUCCAUCUCCUUCUCCCCCCUCCCUACGUUCUCCUCCUCUCCCUACAUUUUUUGUUUGUUUGUUUUCAACACGUUUGAUCUGAAGUUCUGAAGCAUCUCGGAGGGGACCCACGAGAGGAGGAGGAGGCGGAAGCUGCACCCAAGGAGUGUCAGCGACACCAAGGCGGCGCUGCCUUGUUCUCCCACCAAUUGCAUCAUGGUGUUGUUCAGGGGAGGCUGUGGAGGAGUCACACAAAGAAGAUUUGUUGCUGAACGUUUCAUUUUUGUUUGGCUUUGAGAAGAAGCACAAAUAGAGAGAGAGAGAUAGAUAGCUAUCUUUCCCCUCCAAGUACAACUUUCACUCUGAUUGACGACCACAGCUAGUCAGUGUUGUCACUGUGUGUGAAACUGGGCACAUGUGACAAUGGUGGUGUCCAACAGAACUGGGGUGCUCAUGCCCUUCGAUUGCUAAGCUCUGAGGGCGUCAAGUCACCCUUUUGACGUUUCCUUCUCAAUUCUGUUGUUGUUGUUCUUGUUGUUGCUGGGUUUGCCUCUUUUAGCCUAAAGGGGGCACUGUAGCCCAACAUGCUCCGUCUGGGAUUCUGGGUGGCUACCCUGCUCUGCAUUUUUGCCCCCAGCAGUGUCUGGAGCGACUGCUGGCUGAUCGAAGGAGACAAAGGUUACGUCUGGCUGGCUAUCUGCAGCCAGAACCAGCCUCCGUACGAGACCAUCCCCCAGCACAUCAACAGCACUGUGCACGACCUGCGGCUGAAUGAGAACAAGCUCAAAGUGGUGCUCUACUCCUCCCUCAACCGCUUUGGUAACUUGACGGACCUCAACCUGACGAAGAACGAGAUCUCCUACAUUGAGGAUGGAGCCUUCAUGGGGCAGUCCAACCUGCAGGUGCUGCAGCUGGGCUACAACAAGCUCACCAACCUGACGGAGAGCAUGCUGCGCGGCAUGGGCCGUCUCCAGUUCCUCUUUGUGCAGCACAACCUGAUCGAGGUGGUCACCCCCACUGCCUUCAAUGAAUGCCCCAGCCUCAUCAGCAUCGACCUGUCCUCCAAUCGCCUCAGCCGCCUGGAGGGAAGCACCUUCACCAGCCUCAGCAACCUGAUGGUGUGCGAACUGGCUGGGAACCCCUUCAACUGCGACUGCAACCUCUACGGUUUCCUCAUGUGGCUGGUGGCCUUCAACAAUGUUACCAAAAACUAUGACCGCCUGCAGUGUGAGACUCCCCGGGAGUUUGCCGGCUACCCACUUCUCAUGCCUCGGCCACACCACAGUCGCAAUGCCAUCACCAUCUUCAAGUCAAUGUGUGGGGAUGGCAACUACCCAUUGAUCUCCAGGAUCAACCCCACACCAUACAUCCCAGAUUCUCAGAGGGAGGAGGACAAUGCUGAGAACUCAGGCAUCAGCCCAGACUUCCUCUCAGUAGAGCCUCCAGCGUCUUCCACCACGGAUUCCUCCUACAUCCCCAGCAUCAAGCUCCAGCAGGUGACUAUCACCUCAGCUGCCUUGGUGGUGACCAUCCCAUUCCCCUUCAGCAAGAUGUACGUGCUGGUCCAGUACAAUAACAGCUACAUCUCUGAUGUAAUGACUCUGAAGAAGAAGAAGGAAGUUGUCACUCUCACCCACCUGAAGGCUCACACAGACUAUACCUUUUGUGUGGCUUCCAUACGCAACUCCAAGCGCUAUAACCACACCUGCCUCUCCUUUGCCACCAGGAGCAAAGGGAGAGAGGAACCCAUGGCCAACACAUCCACCACUACCCAUUACAUCAUGACUAUCUUAGGUUGUCUUUUUGGAAUGGUUAUUAUCCUUGGCAUCGUUUAUUAUUGCCUGAGGAAGCGUAGGAUGCAAGAGGAGAAGCAAAAGUCCCUCAACGUCAAGAAAACGAUUUUGGAGAUGCGUUAUGGCUCAGAUAUUGAUACCAGUUCAAUUGUACAUCCGUCACAGAAGUUGGGGGAGCCACCUGUCAUCCCUGUCUCACGGAUGUCCUCUCUUCCAUCCAUGAUUGGGGAGAAGAUGCCCUCAUCCAAAUCCAUGGAGGCUGGCAUGGAUACUCCCAAGGUCACCACCAAGGGCAAUUACAUUGAGGUUCGGACAGGUGGCGGGGAUGGGCUGGACAGGUCACAGCGGGAUGAUGACCUGCAUGAACUGGACAAUGGGCAAGGUUCAGCCGCUGAAAUCUCAACAAUUGCCAAGGAAGUGGACAAGGUGAACCAGAUAAUCAACAAUUGCAUUGAUGCCCUCAAGCUGGACACAGCCUCUUUCUUGGGGGGAGGGGGUGGUGUUGACUCUGACAUGGCUUUUGAAUGCCAGUCCAUACCAGCCGGUUCCUCUGUUGGGCUGGAGAGGCCAAGCUUCCUCUCACCACCCUACAAGGAGAGCUCCCACCAUCCCCUGCAGCGUCAGCUCAGCGCAGAUGCUGCGGUGACCAGGAAAACCUGCAGCGUCUCCUCCAGCGGCUCCAUCAAGAGUGCCAAGGUCUUCAGCCUUGAUGUACCUGACCACCCACCUUUGAGUAAGGCAGACUCCAAGUACAUUGAGAAAGGAAGCCCACUCAACAGCCCCUUGGAUCGUCUUCCCCUCGUGUCCCCAGGUGCCAUCCACCACCUGGAGGUGAAACCAUCCUACCACUGCAGUGAACACCGGCAUUCCUUCCCAGCUCUCUACUAUGAGGAGAGCGGCGAUACCUUAAGUCAGAGGGUGUCCUUCCUUAAGCCGCUCUCCCGGUCCAAGCGGGACUCCACAUAUUCUCAGCUCUCGCCUAGACAUUACUUCUCGGGCUAUUCCUCCAGCCCAGAGUACUCCUCAGAGAGCACCCAUAAGAUCUGGGAGCGUUUCCGGCCUUACAAGAAGCACCACCGGGAGGAGGUUUACAUGGCGGCCGGCCACGCCCUGCGGAAGAAGGUCCAGUUUGCCAAGGACGAAGACCUGCACGAUAUCUUGGAUUACUGGAAAGGUGUCUCUGCUCAGCAGAAGUUGUGACUCUCUCAGUAAAAGAAAGAAAAUCAACACACACACACACAUACACAAAUUAACCCACCUGACUGUGAAAAACAAAAACAAAACAAAACCCCGAUAAAAGAAACUGAAAACCAUUUCUUAAAAGUUUACAAAAAUGAACAGGAAAAAAGGCCCGUGUAAAAUGAAUUGUCUCUACUGUGUUAUGGGGACCACUGUUAACUCCUUCGGUUUGGUGGGGAGGAGACACUUGCUUUUGUACUGAGGUAAAGAGAAGGGGGUGACUGUUAAGGGAGAUACUGGGCUGGUAGGUAGCAGAAGUGCCAAAGGAAGGAUGCUAAUCAGGCAUAGGCUAAGACAGCCCACAUGAUUUUUCUGUUCCGGUUUGCUAUUUGUUCCAGAAAGAGAGGAUUUUGCUCAUUCCCCAGACAAAAGGGAGGCAGGGAAGGGGUGAUGCCUCCUCAUCCUUCCC